AUGCGAGAACACGUAGACUUUGCUGACGGCGCUAACCCACCAGGAGCUGGAUGUGAUGCGACAUUGACUGUUCCAGAGUUCCGUAUUGUCAAACAACAGAGUACAAGAAACACAUUGGUACUGGACGUCUCUGGGAGUAUGAGUGGUGAUCGAAUCGUCAUUUUAAGACAAGCCUGCAAUUUGUACAUAUCAAGUUGGGUAAGCGAUGGAAGUGAACUCGGAAUGGUUAAAUUCAAUAGUCUUGCAGAAAUCUUAUCAACAUUGGUGACUAUUGAUGCUGGCACACGAGCUGAUUUAUUGACAGAAAUACCGGCAACUGUGGGUGGUUCCACAAGCAUUGGCGCAGGGCUGCAAAAAGGAAUUCAAGUUUUACAAGAAGGCGACAAUAGUACAACUGGCGGGUGUCUAGUGCUUAUUACCGAUGGCGAAGAGAAUACAUCUCCAAUGAUUUCAGAUGUUCUGCCAAAUCUCAUAUCAAAAGGUAUAUGUGUAGAUGUGAUAGCCGUCACUCAGGCUGCAGCUGAUUCCCUGGAGCCUUUAACAACGGCAACGGGAGGAAGGAUUUAUUUAGCUUCUUUAAGUAACUCGUCUAACGCAUUGGCUGAAGCUUUAGCAGCCAUCGCUACAAGGGGGCAAAGUGAGUUGGACCAAGCUGUGUCGAUCUACAGUGAUGCGAGACUCAUCGAUGGUGGCGCUAUUUUCGAAUUCUCACUUGCAAUCGACGCGUCAAUUGGAAAGGAUACUGAAUUCACGUUCACGUAUCUCGGAGACCAGGCUAUUGAGGUUACUUUGCACACUCCCGAUGGAAGUAUAAUUAACAAAGAUUCAGCGUCCUAUGACUUGGACAGUACAUUUAAAAUGGUGACGAUUAAAAUAGAAGGAAUUGCUGAUGUUGGUAGUUGGACUGCAUCGAUCUACAAUCCAUCAUCGGUGGAGCAACAGGUUUAUGUGAUGGUUCGAUCAAAGAGCGGUAAACCAGGUGAAUAUCCUAUAACAGUGAGGUCAGAAUGGAGCGCCAAUACCAUAAAUCCACCCGAGAAACUAAUACUGUAUGUAACUGUGUCUAAAGGAGCCAUGCCAGUUUUGAACGCUCAUGUCGUAGCUACUGUAGAACGACCAAGCGGUGAUUCGGUUCAAUUGAUUAUGGCUGACAGCGGUAGUGGCGCCGAUAUCACAAAAGAUGACGGCGUCUACUCGUCAUAUUUCACUGCUUUUGCCGGAGACGAUAGAUACAGUGUCAAGGUUGAAGUUGUGGAUGCCGGUGACGAUACAGUAAUCAGUCCCAGCAGAAUAGUGGGCUACGGUUCUUUCACGGACCCUGAGCGUGUAAGUGGAGAAGCACAGCCUGACGAUGAAUCGACCGGAACGUUUCAGAGAACUACCAAUGGGGGCAGUGUUUCUUGCGAUGGGAGUACUGAAUGUAGCGGGUUAUAUGAUUUUUACUCUCCUGCUAAAAUUGUCGACCUCCGAGUGACCAAAAUAUCCUACGAUGAUAGACACAUAACGAUUCAAUUUACCGCACCGGGAGAUGACCUGGAUUUUGGAGAUGCGACCUCUUACGAGAUAUGGAUGCAUACCGAUUUCAGUACCAUGCACUCAAACCACGAGGACACCACCAAUACCACCCAGGACCUUUUCAUUGAGGGCGUAUUGUCGUCACCGAAAUCACCUGGACAAACCGAAACUUUUACCAUUAUUGUACCAACUCAAGGUGACAUUGCAUAUGUGUUUUGUGUGGUUGCUAUUGACGACGGCGGUAACAAAUCACCCAGAUCCAACAUCGUCUCCGCGUCCAUGAAAUACUUCCCGCAACCGACUAGCUAUCUCGUGACGAUUAUUGUGAUAUCCGUCAUAGCUGUUGUCCUAUUGGCUGUCUUCAUUACAACGUUGGUCUGCAUCAAGCAUAAAAACCGCCCAAAGCCAGGUCUCGGACCAGUGGCAUGA